GCAAAAGCGGGGCCGGGACAUGUCCAGCCCUGAAAACACACGAAACUGGACCCCGAACCAGGGCCGUGGCUGUGGAGCUGGGACCGGGGGCUCAGCAGGCUCUAGGAACCCGCAGGGCUCGCAACCCUCCAGGAGGGCCAGAGGGAGAUUGCUGGGGAGCCCACGCCCCCCACCCCUCCAUUCUGCUGCGGUUCUCAGAGGAGGAGCCUCGGACUGCGUGCGGCCUCGCUGAGGGUGCAGGCGUUGGAGGCCGGGAGAGAGGCUCAGGGCGCAGGGGCGUGGCGGCGGGGAGAGCCCUGCGGAGGCCCGCGCCGUCUGCACGCGGAGCACCGGGAGACGCUGCAGGACCGCACAGCCUGGGUAGAAGGGGACGGAGUGGGGGGCUCGCGCACCCGCUGAUCCUGAUCUUACACGCCCGCCGGUGGGCAGCACGGAGCCGGGCACCAGCACCUGUGCCCAGCGUUGCUGGCAGGGGGAGGCGGGAAGCGGGGCCCAGGGCCUGGGAAUCUCAGGAGGCGGGGCCGCAGGACAUGGGAUUUGGAUGCACGGAUGGAGGCCUCCGGGGGUCGUGCGCUGCUGAACUCCCUUCCUUGCUCGGGUUUCACUGCAUUUCGAAACACCUGUUCCAUAGUGGACAGGACUCGGAAUCCCGCCGCCCGCAUCAUCUGGAGCAGCGAUCCAACUGCCACUGGCUCCAGACCCUGCAUCAUGGAUGCUCUUUCUGAAGCAAAUGGCACCUUUGCCAUCCAGCUUUUAAAGAUACUGUGUCAAGACAACCCUUCACACAACGUGUUUUAUUCUCCCGUGAGCAUCUCCUCUGCCCUGGCCAUGGUCUUCCUGGGGGCAAAAGGAAACACUGCUGCCCAGAUGGCCCAGGUGCUUUCAUUAAGCACAGAGAAAGACAUUCAUCAAAGUUUCCAAUCACUUCUUGCUGAAGUGAACAAACCUGGCGCCCAGUACUUGCUCAGAACGGCCAACAGGCUCUUUGGAGAAAAGACCUUUGAAUUCCUCUCGACCUUUAAGGAAUCCUGCGCUCGGUUCUACCACGCUGAGCUGGAGCAGCUUCCCUUCGCCAGUGCCGCAGAGCAGUCCAGGAAUCACAUCAACACUUGGGUCUCAGAAAAGACUGAAGGUAAAAUUCGAGACUUAUUGCCAAGUAGCUCAGUCAGUGCCGACACCAGGCUGAUUCUGGUCAAUGCCAUCUACUUCAGAGGAAGGUGGGAUGAACAGUUCAACAAGAUGUACACAAGGGAAAUGCCUUUUAAAAUAAACCAGAAGGAGCAAAGGCCAGUGCAGAUGAUGUUUCAAGAAGCUAUGUUUAAGCUUGCCUACAUCAAAGAGGUGCAGACCCAGGUCCUGGAGCUGCCCUACGCGGGGGAGGAGCUGAGCAUGGUCAUUCUGCUCCCGGACGACCACGUGGAUCUAAGCUUGGUGGAAAAAAAUCUCACUUUGGAGAAAUUCAGAGCCUGGACCAGGCCAGACCGUCUGCGGGGUGUGGAAGUGGAAGUGUUCCUUCCGAGAUUUCAGCUGGAAGGGGAUUAUGACAUGGGAUCUGUGCUCCAGGGUUUGGGAAUGGUGGAUGCCUUUCAGGAGGACAAGGCUGACCUUUCGGCACUGUCAGGAGAGAGAGGUCUGUGUCUGUCCAAGUUCGUGCACAAGAGUUUCGUGGAGGUGAACGAGGAAGGCACGGAAGCUGCGGCCGCGUCAGGCAUCGUGGUUUUGGAAUGUUGCUCGGCGCCCGGCCCCACGUUCUGCGCCGACCACCCCUUCCUUUUCUUUAUUAGGCACAACGCAGCCAACACUAUUCUGUUCUGUGGCAGGUUUUCCUCUCCGUAAGGGUGAGCAUUUCCCUCUUUCUGGUCCUCUCCCACUCCAUAGCCCCGGGAAGAUGGGCCUUUGAAGCCCCGCGCAAAGGUGAGGGCAGAUUCCUCCUGCGUCUCAAUCCCAUGCUUGUCCACACCCAGCUCUCCCCAUCCUGAGCACCCAUUUGCCCUACUUUGUCAAGAUCAUGGGACAACAGGCCUUAAUGAUUCCCUGUAGUAUUUCAAGUGCAGUCCGAAUCCUGUAAGAUGGAAUGCAGAGUUUCCCUAGAUGGCCCCGGACUUGCUCCCUCCUCAUUCCACUUGUAAUUCAUUCUAGUGACACUUGUGUUCUGCCUUGUACCUCAAAUCCGGUUGCAUACCUGCCUUAGCCUGUUUCAGUAGUAAUAAAUGCUGCUAGCUAAGGCUACUGUUUUAUAGUCUGCCCAGUGCAUGGACUUUUUAGAAAGCUUCUUCAAUGCACAUUUUUAUUUUACCUUUGUUUGACAUUCUUGCUUCACUAAGUAGGUGGCAAACAGGGCGUCAGGCAUCGGAGACAUAAGGGCGGAGUCAUGGUCUUUUGACACCUGGUCUUUAAAACUCAUGCUAGAGUGGCUUUUAUAACAGCCAGGCUGGACAAGUAAUGUCCUUAAACUUAUCAUGUGGUCCCCUUGUAGGGAUUCCCAUUUCCUGUUGCUCUUGGAUUUUCUCCACCUCCAACUCUAACAAAAAUUCCAUUCAACUCUUAAAUUUCCAAUGUCUUCUCCAGGAAAAUCUUUCUUUUCUGCAUAAGCAGAUUGCAUCUUUUGAACUCUUAUUGCUUACUGAGGGAGGGCAUUUCUCUUAUGGCAGUUGCUUUAUUUAUGAAUCAUCUGUGUUCUCCAACUGGGCCCAUUCCUCAGGGGUUGGGACUAUAUUUUACAUGUCUAUGUGCUGUGUACAAUGCAGCGAUAGUAAUUUGAUCAUAUGUGAGCUCUGUAACUUUUUAAAAAGUGAUUAGAUAUCAGUGAUAUUAUUGGGGCCUUCUUAAAGAAUUUGUUAUUGAGGUGAAAUUCACAUAGUGUAAAAUUAAGCAUUUUGAAGCGAACAAUGCAGUGACCUUUAGUACAUUAAAAAUGUUGUGCAACCACUGCCUUUAUCUAGUUACAAAAAAUGUUCAUCACCCUAAAGGAAAACCCUGUGCAGUGCCUCCCCCUUCUCUCCCCGUCCAACUCCUGGCAACUGCCGGUCUGCUUUCUACCUCUAUGGAUUUACCUACUCUGGAUAUUUCAUAUAAAUGAAUUAUAUAAUAUAUGACCUUUGGUUUUUGGCUUUUCUCAGCAUGACCCGUUCAAGGCUCAUUCAUGUUCUAGCAUGUACGUCAUCUCUUUUUAUGACUGAAUAAUAUUACACUGUAUAGCUGUAGCAUAAGAUUUGUUUAUCCAGUCGUUGGUUGAUGGACAUUUGAUUUGUUUCCAUCUUUUGUCUAUUUAUGAGUAAUCCUUCUGCAAACAUGCAAGUACAUGUA